AUUAUACAUGUUUAAAUUGGGAGGUUUGACGAUAAAAACUGUUCUCCAUUCUUUCUCGAGUAUCGUGAGUUUUUGGUAAGUAUUGGUGGUGUAAAAUUUAGGAGAGUGAGUUUAAAGAAAAGAAAAAGUUGAGACUUUCGGAAGCAAUGGAAGGUACUGCAAAUUUGCGAGUGUAUUAUAAUAGUGAAAUUAUACCACAUACACACGAGGGUGAGAUUAUACCACAUCCGUUUUCCCUUAUUAUUCCAUGCACCAUGACGUUUGCGGAGUUACACAACAAUCUUUGUAGAAGCAUACAAAGUCAUAUUUCAAAGAGAGUGAACAAUAUUUUUUACAGGAAUCCGAUCAUCUUAUUUGGCAAGCUAAUGCAGUUUCAUAUAAUGUCCAUCACUAAUGACACAAAUAUGCAGCAAAUGUUUCAUACUUAUCAACAGAGUCGAUUUCAAGUGCCAAUGAUAGAAUUGUAUGUUGAAUUUGAACAUCUUGGUAUAAAUGCGAUUGACCACGAGUCAGACAUGGAUGAAGUUAGGGAUAAAGUUUGGGAAGAAGAUAACAGUGAUAGUGAAGAUGAAUUCGAAGCCAACUAUGAAGUCAAUGACGAAGACGAAGAUGAGAAUGAGUAUGCAAAUAUAGGCGUUGUGGCGGCCAAUGAUAGUGAGUUUAGUAUUAGAAUGGAAUUUAAUUCUAAAGAGUCAGUGAUCUCCGCAAUCAAGAAUUAUACUAUCUCUAGAGGAGUCGCUUACACGAUGUACGCGUUUGAGCCUAUGACGUUAUAUGCAAAAUGUAAGAGGUAUGACAAAGGUUGUGAUUGGUUUAUCCGAGCUAGUUUGAAUAGAAAGAAAGGCUAUUGGGAGAUUCGGAGUUACAAUGGCAGACACAUGUGUACCAUUGGAACGAUUUCACAAAAUCAUUCCAAGUUAGACUCAAAUAUGAUUGGAGAUGCUAUCAGGCCAUUAGUUGAAGUUAACCCAUCGCUAAAGGUGAAAUUUAUAAUUGCAGAAGUUCAAUCUAAAUUCAACUAUACUGUAAGUUACCGUAAGGCUUGGUUGGCAAAGCAGAAGUGUGUUGCAAAAAUCUUUGGUGAUUGGAAAAUUUCUUACCGGACUCUACCAUGGUGGUGCAUGGCAAUGUGUGCCAAGAUGCCAGGCUCACGAGUUCGAAUAGAGACUCUACCUAUUUAUCGUGGGAGUGAAGAGGUAAACGGCAUAAGGAUACUUCGGCGGGUAUUUUGGAGUUUCUAUCCAUGUAUUAGAGCGUUCAGACAUUGCAAGCCAUUAGUCCAGGUUGACAGCACACGACUUUAUGGAAAAUUUAAAGGUACACUUUUGGUUGCGAUUGCACAAGAUGGGAACCAAAACAUUGUGCCGAUUGCUUUUGCCAUUGUAGAGAGUGAGACCGCCGAGGAGUGGGACUUUUUUCUUCAUCAAUUGCGAAAAAAUAUUGUUACUCAAGAUGGUGUGGGUAUUAUCUCUAAUUGCCAUGAGUCCAUCCAGGCAGCAAUAGCUCGUAGUGACGGUGCUUGGGCACCGCCAAGAGCACGACACAUGUUUUGCAUUAGACACAUUGGAGCUAAUUUCUUAAAGAGAUUCAAGGCCCCACACUUGCAUAAGCUUGUUAUUAACAUAGGCUAUUCUAGAACAGAGCAGGAGUACAAUAUAAACUAUGAGAGGCUUCGGGAGCGAGGCGAGGCAUACACUAAUUGGUGUGAUGAGAUCGGUCUUCAGCGUUGGGUAUUGGCAUUUGACGAGGGUUAUCGUUGGGGUCAUAUGACGACAAAUAUGGUAGAGUGCAUAAAUUCGGUCCUAAAGGGUGCACGCAAUCUUCCUGUAAAUGCGAUACUUAGAGCUACUUGUUAUUGGCUGAAUAAGUUGUUUACUCGGAAGAGUGAUGAGGCUCAUGAGCGUAUUCGUAAUGGAUUUACUUAUUCAGAGUUUGCCACUCAACGGGUUAAAGAAAAUCUUCAUCGUGCGGGAAACAUAGUGGUAAACCGAUUCGACAGGCACAAUGAAGUGUUUGAGGUCCAUGAAAUGGACAACGGUUCAAUAUUCACCGUUAAUCUUGCGCAACGAGUUUGUGAUUGUGGUCAUUUUCAAGUAGAGCGACUUCCAUGUCGCCACGUGCUUGCUUGUUGUGCUAACCAACGUCUUGACUGGCAAAUAUAUGUAAAUGACGUGUACAAGAUGUCUGAAAUUCGUAAGGUUUACAGUGUAAAAUUUUUACCGUUAGACGACCCAGUUACAUGGCCUAAAUAUAAAGGUCCAAAGGUAAUUGGUAAUCCAUUACUGAUGAAAGUGACAAAAGGACAACCCAAAUCAAUUCCUACUUGA